AUGAAGCUAUUAUCUUCGAUUUUACUUUUUGCUGUUUCGCUUAUUUCGGCGGAAGAAACGACAACGAGCACAACGACUUCAGCCGAAACGACUACAACUGUGAUUCCUCAGAGAGCUUGUUAUGAUUGUUCUUAUAAAAUGUUCGCGAAUGGGACGGAGACUGGAGAGAAAUCUUGUCUUGAAGGCAAUGAGAACCUGGCCCAUACAAACAUCACCCACGUCUGUUUCUCCAGCUUCAAGAGAACAGUCAAAAACGGCGAAAUCGUCGAAAUAGAAAUCACAAGAGGGAAAAAAGACAAAAAGAACCCUGGAAUGAUCAAUGGUCAAUAUCAUCAAAACAACACUGAUGUGAACGUUGUUUGUUUGGAUAAUUCUAACUGCAAUGGUGACAGUGCAAGCGAUUUCAUCACUGCUGAUAUAAAUGAUAAAACUACAACCACCACAACGACCACUACCACCACCACUACAACCACCACGACAACAACAACAACGACUACAACAACGCCUCCAACAACAUCCCGAACAACUACACCAUCGACUACCUCAUCAACUCCAGGAAGACGCCAUGCUCGCUCUGUAGAAGAUGAUGAAACAACUACUCAAAAAACAACAACAACAACUCCGCCUGUUUUGAACUGCUACAGUUGCUCGCAAACUGGCUCAGAUUCUACUGGUGAUUGCUGGACCCCGUCUGACUCAACCCAACAAGAAGUAUGCGACAAUGGCUGCAUCGCAAGAAUGACCCAAGGCUUUCAAUCUGGUUCCGGAUUCCAAACACAAGUCGAACGAACUUGCUCACCCGCCGAUGCCCCAGAUACCGACGAGACUGAGAAGAAAUUUGAGGAAUUUUUCGAGUGCGAAAACGAUCUCUGCAACGAUUUCAAAUACAGCGCCGCAGAAACUGCUUUUCUUAGCUCUUUAGUUCUUCUUUUACUGGCACUUCUUUGA